GGCCCGUAUCGGAUCUGCUGGGGGUACACCGGGCCGCGGAAAAACAACGACAACGACAUGGCUCCGUUUGUGGAGGACAGAGUCAAUUAUGGUGUGGAAGUCGGAACUUUACUCGUUUUCGGCCCGAUGUUCCGGCAAUUCGACUGUGUUGCGGGGACGGAUAUCAACUGCAAAUGUGUCUGGGUCUGGAAGAUUGCAAGACUUGUCAUGCUAGUCCGGCAUGACUCUGCACUCUGUAUUGCGUGGCUACAAACAGCCUCUCUCGCCUGUCAUGCAAAAACGCAGUUUCUUAUGCGGAAUACGCAGCACAGAACCAGAAGCACGAAAAAACUUGUCAUGCUCGGCUGCGCAUUACGGUUACUUAUUGUUCUCUGACUGGCAACAUCACAAGUUUCCAGACCCAGACACAUUUGCAAUGCAUAACGGAGUGCAAGGUCUUGGUCGAAGGGACGGGUUUGUCGGCGGACAAGAACCGGAUCUUCCUCGUGUCUGGGGGGACUUGUUUAUCCGUGGUGAACUUUCUGUACGAAUUCUACGUGUUCAAGUCGAAAGCGGUCAUUCCAUUGUUAGAAGACGUGGAAACCGGGGAUGUUGUGCAAUAUUUCCGACAGUCAACUGAUAUCAACCAAGAACCCUACACGGAGGAAUUUCUCUCGUCCGUCGACGUGAAGCAAGCUAAUUUGGCCGAUUUGAACAUCACCCGGGUCGCGAAUUACCGGCCGAAUUCCAUUUUAGUCGGGCCGAUCUCGGUCACUAUGCACUGCAAAAGUCUCGUACUCGUAUAAAUGUAUUACAAAUUUCCUCAGCAUGAGAAAUAAAUAUUUGUAUAGCGGAUUUACCUUAAGAAAAAGACUUGCAAUGCAUGACUGCAAUACGAGCGCGAUACUUUUGGACAGGAUAGUCACCCCCGGGUUGCAAAUGGCGUCAACUCUAAACGAGUACAGCAUGUCGGCUUUGGCCGUUCGCGGGUCGGACAACUUCCAGGCCUGCUAUCUCGCGGAUCCGUCAAGCUCUUUGAACGCGAUCAAUUUCGGGGUUCUCCGGAUCAUCGGCCCCAGACCGGCGGCGAGGACGUAUACCUGCGUGUUGGGAUCGCCGUGCAUUUUAGGCGUGACCGGAUUGCAGCUGAAACGAGGGGUAAACCACUUAGCCAU